UUGUGAUUGGCUGUGGUUUUUAAAGGGGGCGGGGCGUACGUGCUCGCAGGUAGGUUAUGAAGAGACCACGGUAAAGGCGGUGCGUAAACAGAGUGGGCGAAGAUGGCGUCGAGUAGGAAGAGCAGCGGGCACAGAUUAGAGAAAAGCCUGAAUGGAAGACGGUCGUCCAAACAUAAAGAGGGUCCAGUGGUCAUGGACACCAAGGCAGUGUUUGCAGCCCUGUACAGCGUAUGUGAGGAAAAUGCCUCCUUCUUUUCGGGAGGAGCCAAGGGCUCCCAGGGCGAGGCUGCGCGGAGACUGGUGGAAGUCAUGAACCUGAUCCAGGAGCAUGCCCACAGCCUGGAGCCUAUUGUCACUGGCUUCUCUGCCAUCUACCAUCAUUUUGACUUUGAUCCACACAUACCAGCCAAUGGCUACCGCUCACUGGUCAAGGUAGUGAGGUGCUGCCUUCUGCACAUCAUCCACAAGGGACGCUACAUCACUGUCAACAGACGGAGUAUCUUUUUUCGAGUGGCGCACAAUGCGGGAGAGAUGGAGGCCUAUUGCAAUGCCCUCUGCCAGCUGCGUGCCCUGCUGUACUUAGCCCAGCGCCUGCUCUACGACAACAGCCAUGGCAACCUCUUCUUUCAUGACGAAAGUGGCCUUAGUGAGAGCUUUGUCCGAGAGUACGCAUCCAUGCACAAAGGCUGCUUCUACGGCCGCUGUCUGGGCUUUCAGUUCACUCCAGCCAUUCGCCCGUGUCUACAGACCAUUGCUAUUGGCCUUGUGGCAUUUGGAGAAAACUACAAGCGGCACCAGUCCGGAAUAGGUGUUGCUGCCAGUUCAUUUUUUAACUCAGGGAAGUAUGCGAUUGACCCAGAGUUGAGAGGGGCAGAAUUUGAACGCAUAACCCAGAACUUGGAUGUCCAUUUUUGGAAGGCCUUCUGGAACAUUACUGAGACAGAAGUCUUAUCUAGUCUGGCCAGUAUGACAUCUACAACUGUGAAGGUUAACCGUGCCCUUUCUGUGCCCGCUAUACCUUUUGACCUCCCCUUGGCGGCCAAUCACGGAGCUUCUGUAACCAUUGCUCCACCGUCUGCACACAUUGGCUGUGCCCCAGUUCAAAUGAGACUCAUAUCAUAUGACCUGCGUGAAGGACAAGAUAGUGAGACGUUGCUGUCUUUGUCCCGCUCUGAUGGGGGCGCACUCUCUCUGUCAUUGGGGCUGAAGACCAAGCGACUGCCCUCAUCUCCAUGCCUCCUGAUCCAUUUUCAUGGGGGAGGAUUUGUGGCUCAGACUUCCAAGUCUCAUGAGCCUUAUCUGAAGGGUUGGUCCCAAGACUUGAGUGUGCCCAUCCUCUCAGUGGACUACUCUUUGGCUCCUGAGGCGCCUUUCCCCCGGGCCUUGGAGGAGUGUUUCUACGCAUACUGCUGGGCUUUACGAAACCAUCAUUUACUGGGGUGGACUGGGGAGAAAGUGUGCCUGGUUGGAGACAGUGCUGGAGGAAACUUGUGUGUGACAGUAUCGAUGCGAGCGGCUGCCUUUGGUGUGCGGAUGCCAGAUGGCAUUGUGGCAGCCUACCCAGCCACCCUGCUGACUGCCUACGCCUCACCCUCCCGCCUGCUAACACUUAUGGAUCCCCUGCUGCCACUCAGUGUACUCUCCAGGUGUCUCAGCGCCUACGCAGGCAAUGAGCCACAAGCAGAGAAGCAGGUGGAGAAGGCCAGCACUCUGAGCAUGGUGAGGAGAGACACAGCACUGCUGCUCAGAGACUUCCGACAGGGAGCGUCCAACUGGAUCCACUCUCUACUGGAUUCAAACAAAGGCUCCUCCGAGCCCACUGCAGUUGCAGAGCCACCAGCCUCAGACUCUGUGAGGAAGAGCAUAUCUGAGGCAGCCAUCUCUUCUCCUCACGCUGACCCUCCGGUGCCCUCUGAGACCUCGGAGUUCUCAACCAGGAAAUUAUCUGUGAAGAGCCAGACCUGCCAGGACCUGGGAUUGCACAACAACUGCAUUUCCCAGAGUGCACCAUUACUGAGUGUUACAGAGGAUCCUAUACCUACAGACAUAAAUUUUUACCUUUCAAAAGAAGAUGAUCCCUCCAUGGCUGUUGACCUGUCCUCUGUGGCUAUACCACCUCCUGCUGGUGAGGAGGGCUCAGAGUCUGAGCACCCUAGGGAGUUUCCUAUGGGCUUUGAGCCUCUGCGUUCAGAGCAGCUGGCAGAGAUGAGGCUCCAUAGCUCUCCUGUGGUCAAGGAUCCCUUCUGCUCCCCUCUGCUUGCGCCCGAUAAUAUGCUCAAAGGAUUGCCUCCUGUGCACAUAGUUGCCUGUGCUCUGGACCCCAUGCUGGAUGACUCUGUGAUGUUCGCCAAGCGCCUGAGGAACAUUCAGCAGCCUGUCACUCUGUGUGUAGUGGAUGACCUCCCGCACGGUUUCCUCAGCCUCUCUCAGCUCUCCAGGGAGACCCGUGAGGCCGCCAGUGUCUGUGCUGAGAGAAUCCGCGCAGUCUUCACUCAGGACACGCCCCCAGAGCCACGCAAGCACCGCAAGCUGGAACGGACAGAUGGGGGCGUGUCCACUUCUCCUAAAGAGCCUGACGCACUGUUCGUAAACCCUAUUAAUGAAACAGAGGAGGCCGUGGGGAGAGGAGGGAAGAUUGCUGAUGGAGAGCACUUGGUUGCUGUGGCAGCCCAGAGCAACACUGAAGCUGGUGGGAUUGGAGCUUAAUUUGGAGAAAGAAGGGGACCAUGUUUUACUAGAGAAUAAAUGGGCAUAUGAGAGUCAAAUGCGAAAUGCAAAAAAGACAAUUAUGUAAAAAAACACAACUUUUAUUAAAGUGAGUGACCAACUUGAAUUGGAAAGUGCUGGACAAAAUGCAUCAGUUGUAGUAGCAGAACAAAAUGAAUAUGCCAAAAAGACACAUUUUAGAUAAUCAUUAAUGCAAUUGCUGCUAGAUCAACAUUGCUGCACACUGUUGGACCGCACUGGCUGUGAAGCUUGGAUCUGGAGAUACUGUAAGCCAUGUAGACAAAUGUGGAGGCUCAUCCUAAAUAGGGUGAUUCUUCCUGGCCUCAGCAGUCGUUGGUGGCUCUAAUGACAGGGUGGCAGGCACACUAUAUGCUUCUGUAUAGAGGCAUCCGCAUCAAAAUGGCCACUUGUCCGUUAGGAGCCACUCUAAAUCACACUCAAUAACCUCACAUUGUGGUUUCCAUUCGGCCACUUUGGCAGGCAAUAUGGCCCACUUUGUGUUGAGCUGGUCUGCUUCUACUCCCAAAUGGAAUUACGCAUUUGAAACUGAACAGACUAACUUGUUCAGAGGCAGCGCCAUUCAUUUAUUCAUUAAGUUUCUGCUGCAGUUUUUAAUUUACCGUAUUUUAUCCUAUGCAGUAGCAUUAUUUGUUGUUAUCCCGUUUUAUUGCUGUAUGUUGUCAUUGUAGUUUACUUUGACUUGUACAUUACUUUGUAUUGUAUCUAAUCAUAUGCUGAUUUUUACACUUCAAUAUUACACUCAUUUUUUUUUUUUUUUUUUAAUCUGCAUCUGUAGUCAGUAGGGCAUGCUGAUUUUAACUAUGAAACAUUGCAUAGAGCCAUACCAUAUGCAUAGAAUACCUGUACUGCCAUUAAUGCAAAUUUAAGUUAACUGACGCACAAAAUGUUUUUAAUUCUUUUCAACAAGCAGUAUUCAAAAUGUGUUUCAUUCAUAGAUUUUUUUUUUAACCAUGUCUACGUUCAUAGAUUCUUCCUGUCAGGUGUAGGUAUUGUGUUAUAAAUCAACUGUCCUUUUGUGGGGUCAUUUACUUCUGUCAGGUCCGAAUAAAUAUAGCUUCGGACAAUAUUACUGUUGUGCCCUUGCCUGGUAACAGGGCUGAGGUUGCCAGGUCUGUGGAGAAGGAUGCUGUGUGAUGAAUAGGAUUUAGCAGAAUCUCCGAGUGCAGAGAAAUCCUUGCUGUGGUGAAGUGCCGGAUUUUCAGCAGCAAAGUCAUGCUACAGGAUUAGACCUUGCUCGUUUCUGUCAGCUCCCAGUACUUGGGGCAAUAUUUUUAGUCAUAGUGAUGGAAAGAACCAGGACUCAGGAGAAGUGAGAGUAAUAUACUGUUUUCAAGAAGCUAGGCCAGAAGUUUGCGUUUGGAUUGGCUAGCUGCUGUUGGUGCUCUUUUGCUGUAGUUGUUUUGGUCACUUGCAGUGUACUAGGAGUGUACAUGUCACUCGUCCCUUGGUGUUUGUGUGGUGCAUGUCGUCCGUUGUGACUGGGGUUGCACAAAACUGAGAUGACCGCAGACCCUGACCUGUGCUAUUAUUUGUGUAUCUUUUUACAGCUUUAAUAGCACUUAACAGACAAGCAGCUUUUCAUUUGUGGUCAGUGACCUCUGGAGGAUUGUGGCUUUAGUCUGUGGCAAAAGCUUUACCUCUCAAAAGCCCCCUAUUCUUUGUGGAAAUAUGUGUGCAAAAGUCAUCAUAACUUGACCUUUUGUUGGUCUUAUUAUCCUACACUAAGCCUUUGACUGCUGCUUUAAUAUACACUGUCAAGCUAUGGCUCAAAUCCUCUGAUAAGAUUGCUGGUAGAAUUUGCUUGUGCAAAAUGACAAAUUACCUCACUGACAGGUAGGCAAUAGGCAUAUUAAUUGUAUGCAUUUGUGUAAGCUGACUUUAACAUUUCCAUGGUCUGUUAUUCCCCCAGAGGGAUUCAACUCUGUGACUCAACAUUAUAACAAUGCACUUUAUUCACCAGCUAGUGUUGCUUUGUGGAGGUGUGUGUCAUCGUCAGACCUCCCAACACCUGUCAUGGCCGAAAUGGAAUGCACUGUACAAAAAUGUUCCAUUUAGAGUUUUUAAUAGCCUUAAAGCCAUAGCCUGGAACCAGCUGUUUUAUGUAACCUACAUUUCUUUUUUUGACAUUUUAUUUUAUUAUACACCACAAGUGCAAAAGAAUGUACCAGAUGUUGUAAAUAAUUAAAUGUCUUGUUUCUCAAAUUGCAGGUAAGCUUCAUUUUGCAUUUCAAGAAUGUUUCCAUAAAUUGUUGAAUUCAUUGCGGAUUUUUUCCCUAAAUAAAUAUAUUCUUGAAUCUCCAUAAAUAUG